UUUGAGUCUCCCAGAGAAGGACUAAAGUCUUUCACUUUAACGGGCAUAAAAAAAACAACAACCAACAACAACAAACUUAAAGAUUUUGGUGGUCUUUCUUCUUGUUGUUGUUGAUUUCGAGCAGGCGGAAUAGCGCGCGCCGCGGUUACGCAAUGACACCUUCUGCCCGGGAUUCCUGAGGAGAAAAAAAACCCCACGAUGGCAACCGGGCUGGAGAAGUGGCUGCGGCUCACCUCCGUGCUCUGCUGGGGCUGCUGCGUUCUGGCGGAAAAGAAAGUUUGCCAAGGCAUCACCAACCGUUUAAACCUUCUUGGUACUGAAGAUGACCACUACCUGAACAUGGUCAAGACCUACAGCAACUGCACCGUGGUCCUGGAGAACCUGGAGGUGACCUACAUGGCGGACCACCGAGACCUCUCCUUCCUCUCGUCCAUCGAAGAAGUGGGCGGCUAUGUGCUGAUCGCCCUCAACACGGCGUCCAGGAUUCCGCUGCAAAACCUACGCAUCAUUCGAGGUCAUUCGCUCUACGAGGGAAUGUUUGGCCUCGCUGUGCUGACCAAUUAUGACAAACCUACGGGUCAGAUGACCAGCGAGCUCCUUCUGACCAGCCUGACGGAAAUUCUUAAAGGAGGUGUUAAGUUCGGGACCAAACAGCCAUGUAAUGUGGAAACGAUACAGUGGUAUGACAUUGUCAACGCCGAAAGCAAACCCAAAAUGGUGCUCCCUUUGGCCAUCAGCCAUCCGCGUUGUGGGAAAUGUGACCCGAGCUGCUACAAUGGUUCAUGUUGGGCACCCGGUCCUCAAAACUGUCAGACCUUAACAAAGCUGAACUGUGCACAGCAGUGCUCUAAGCGAUGCAAAGGGCCUUCUCCCAGUGACUGCUGUAAUGAACAUUGUGCUGCGGGCUGCACGGGGCCGCGGCCCACCGACUGCCUGGCCUGUCGGGACUUCCAGGACGACGGAGUGUGCAAGGACUCCUGCCCGGGCCUCAUGCGCUACGACCCCAACCUGCACCAGCUGGUACCCAACCCACUGGGAAAGUACAACUUCGGGGCCACCUGCGUCAGGAGCUGCCCACAUAACUAUGUGGUAACUGAUCAUGGAGCGUGUGUGCGGACAUGUAGUGUGAACACGUUCGAGGUGGACGAGGGAGGAAUCAGAAAGUGCGCCAAGUGUGACGGACUGUGCCCAAAAGUGUGUAAUGGACUUGGGACAGGGAACAUGACUUCCAUCCUGUCUAUCAAUGCCACCAACAUCGACUCCUUUAAAAACUGCACGAAAAUCGAUGGUAACGUUGCUAUCAUCCACACAUCGAUUUACGGAGAUCCGUUUACCAAUACGCCAGCGAUGGACCCUGCCCAGCUUGACGUGUUUAAGACAGUCAAGGAAAUUACUGGAUACUUGUUGAUUCAAACGUGGCCAGCGAACAUGACGUCCCUCAGUCCUUUUGAGAACCUGGAGAUCAUUCGAGGACGAACAAAGCGGGGGAGCCGCAGUGUUAUUUUGCCCAACCUCAAUAUUGAGUACUUGGGCCUUCGCUCCAUGAAGGAAAUCAGCGAUGGAGACGUCGUCAUCAUCAGGAACAAGAACCUGUGCUACACAGACAAAAGCCACUGGGAGGAGCUGUUCAAAUCAAAAAGCCAAACUGUUAACAUAGAAGGGAAUGCAGAUGCUGCCACAUGUGCCACCAGGAACCACACGUGUGACAGGAAGUGCUCCACAGACAGCUGCUGGGGCCCCGGCUCAAACAUGUGCUUUGCCUGCCGCGACUUCAGCCGCGGUGGGAGCUGUGUGGACUCCUGCAACGUCCUGGAGGGAGAGCCCCGGGAGACUGUCGUGAAUAAAACCUGCAUGGAGUGUCACCCAGAGUGUCAACGCAUGAAUGGGACCGCGACCUGCAACGCACCUGGCUCUGGCAACUGCGCAAAGUGUGCCAACUUUCGAGACGGCCUGUUCUGCGUGGCUCAAUGUCCCCAGGGCGUGCCGGGGGAGGACGACGCGCUGGUGUGGAAGUACAACGAUCAGAUGAAAGUGUGCAAGCUGUGCCACAGAAACUGCACCCGAGGGUGCACGGGACCUGGUCUGAAGGGCUGCCAGAAUAAAAGCCAUUCCGGCCUUUCUGUGAUUUCGGCCGGCGUGGUCGGCGGGCUGCUGGCCGUUCUCGUAGCGGGCCUGUCUGUGUUUGUGUUGCUACGCCGACGCCACAUCAAGAGGAAGAGAACCACGCGCAGACUCCUCCAGGAGAGAGAGCUGGUGGAACCUCUGACUCCGAGCGGCGAGGCACCAAACCAGGCUCUGCUGCGGAUUCUCAAGGAACCCGAGUUUAAGAAAAUCAAAGUGCUGGGAUCAGGAGCUUUCGGGACAGUUUACAAGGGCCUGUGGGUUCCAGAGGGAGAGGACGUGAAGAUACCCGUGGCCAUCAAGGUUUUGAGAGAGGCCACUUCGCCAAAAGCAAACAAGGAGAUCUUGGACGAGGCUUACGUGAUGGCCAGCGUCGAUCACCCCCACGUGUGCCGCCUGCUCGGCAUCUGCCUCACCUCCACCGUGCAGCUCAUCACCCAGCUGAUGCCCUACGGCUGCCUGCUGGACUACGUCAGGGAGAACAAGGACAACGUCGGCUCCCAGUACCUGCUCAACUGGUGCGUGCAGAUAGCCAAGGGAAUGAACUACCUGGAGGAGCGCCAUCUGGUACAUCGGGACCUGGCAGCGAGAAACGUCCUGGUGAAGACUCCUCAACACGUCAAGAUCACCGACUUCGGUCUGGCCAAACUCCUCAACGCGGAUGAGAAGGAGUACCAUGCAGAUGGUGGAAAGGUACCAAUUAAAUGGAUGGCUCUUGAAUCCAUCCUCAACAGAACCUACACGCACCAGAGUGACGUAUGGAGCUACGGCGUGACCGUUUGGGAGCUGAUGACAUUCGGCACCAAGCCGUACGACGGGAUUCCAGCCAGCGAAAUAGCCGCGGUCCUGGAGAAAGGGGAGCGGUUGCCUCAACCCCCAAUCUGUACCAUCGAUGUCUACAUGAUCAUGGUGAAAUGUUGGAUGAUUGACGCAGAUAGCCGACCUCGUUUCCGGGAACUCAUAGCGGAGUGUACAAAAAUGGCCCGGGAUCCCUCUCGAUAUCUGGUCAUUCAGGGCGACGACCGCAUGCACCUGCCGAGUCCCACGGACACCAAGUUGUUCCGCAGCCUGAUCAGCGGGGACGGCACGGAGGACGCCGUGGACGCGGACGAGUACCUGCUGCCGCAACACGGCUUCUUCAGCAGCCGGAGCACCUCCCAAACGCCGCUGCUUCACUCCACGAGCCUGAACAGCAGCAUUGGGACGUGCCACAGCAGGACCGGCUUAGUGAACGCAUUCCCGAGCAGAGAUGGGAGCAUAGUGCUCCGAUACAUUCCCGACCCCACCGACAAACUCAUCGACGAGGCCUUCCUGCCGUCUCCGGAGUACAUGAACCAGAACGGCGUCUCCGAUGUGAUGAAUCCCGUCUACCAGCACCCGGGUCCGCCUCGCACCGUCCUCCUUCCCACCAUCUCCUCGGACGACGCCGAGGCCGAGUACCUGAACUGCUUCAGAAGCGGGUCCAGCGGCCCCGAGUACCUCAACGAGGUCGCGGCGCCCGCCUUCCUCCCGUUCGCCUCCAACGGCGUCCAGAAGUACGCGCCGCAGAACAGCAUCGACAACCCGGACUACCAGCAGGAUUUCACUCCCCCCGUUAAGACCCACGCCAACGGACACAUCCCGGCGGCCGAGAACGCGGGCUACCUGGGCCCGGACUGAGGCCCGGGGGGACCCGGACGAUGCACGCGAGACUGUUCCCGCUUCCGUUGAUGAGGGGCAUUGAUGUAGCCGCUGAGAAGGUGCAGCUGGUUUGGACCAUCAAUUGUUGUACGUGUCUUACCGAAGGCUUUUCUUCUCCCCACCAACUAAAAAUGAUUUUUUGUUAAUCAAAGCUGGACCGAGGAGGACUCCAGUUGACCCAGUUGACCUGAGAGCCGCUGUGUCGGGUUUUAGAAAGCAAAGACAUCUUCUGAAAAUCCCUCUAAAUAUCGAAAACUGAUGUCAGAGGGAGACUCCUUCAAAAAAGGACAGAAAUGCCUCUUAUUAAAAAAAAAAAAAAGGUACUUGUGUUGUCGCUUCACAAGUUAGAUACGCAAUCAGUCAACAGUAUUGACGUGUUGGAAAUCAAAGGGGACGGCAACGUGCAGUGGCGCGUGGCCCCCGAGGGGCAAUACGAGAAGAUGAAAGGGAGUCCCUGAGAGUAAGACGCUGACUCGGCUGCUGGGGUCCUUCAGAGGCCCGACGAAGCUCAUCCUGAAGGUUCAGUCAACGAGGAAAGAAAAUGUGGCAAUGCACAGUCAGUUUAAAUGGGAAUACUGGAGAGUUGUAUCGUUUAAAUAUGUUUCUUGUGUGCUCUAAGUCCGUUCUGUGUGUAUUACAAAGCGUCUCUCUAUUGGAUAGAAACCAGAGGGUCCCUGUGUGAUGUGUGAUAUCACACUAACUGGGUAGAGAAUGUGAUGGCAAAUAUGUGACUGUGGUUGUAUUCACACUGGGUAGUGUUCUUAUUGAAAACGAGGAGCGCUCCUGUAGCAGGAAGCAUACUUGUGCGAACCCACAAUUAGCCUCGUGUCAGUGUGGUACAUUAGCUUGUGCACCCAGGAAGUAGUUUUCUGGUCCGGUGUUUUGACUUGCAGCUUAAAGUUACUAUUGCAACAAAACCGUUAUCUUUCCCACUUUUUUGUUUUAAUUCUGGCGGAACUGUCUUAGGUCAUGUGAGUAACUUCUUUGAAUGUUUGGAUUAGAAGUAUUUCCUUGUACACACUAUUCGGGCUCAGGCCCGAAACAAAAAGUGUUUCCGAUGUUUGUGGUCUACAUGUAUCCGUGUUAGUGGCUGGAGACUUUUCCUUGUCUGUUUGUUUUUUUUUAACUCAAAUGUCUUGUAGUCUUGCAAGAGCAUUAAACUUUGCAAAUAUUAUUCCUAGUUUUAAAGGAAUAUACUAUUGUAGCAACCUGAAAGCCUACUUUUGCUGAUUUUACACAGGUACAUGUACAGAACACAGUGAUUGCACUGUAAUAUACUCCAAAAUAGUGACCCAUAAUUUAUACUCAGUACACAAUUUUGUCACAGCAUACGUGCAAAUGCGCUUAUUCCUGAUUUGUGAUUGUUUCAUUCAAAAGUGAACUUGAAUAAAUCUUUUUUUUCUAAG